AUGAACGGGAAAAGUUACGUGUGUGAGUGCUACUCAAGAUACUAUGAACUGGCUCUUCAUGAUCGAUUCACGCGAGACAAACGCUGCGUCACUGCCACUGGGUCGCCAGGAAUUGGAAAAUCCAUGUUCUAUGGAUAUUUCUUCAAUCGAUUUCAGCGAGACAAGAACUACCGAGGUUUCGCCAUCAUCACAGCAUCUUUCUCUAACGACUCGGAGCUGAAGAAUGUCGUAGCGUUCAAAGACGGCAAAAAGAUUGCGAAUUUCUCGGAACUCAUUCCGUACGCAUUUCUGGAGUGGCUGUCAGCAACCGUUGGGCCUGAAGUCUUCAUCUAUAUGAGUGCGUGGCUCCUCCGUACCCUGAUAAGUUGGUAUGCUUUACAA